AUGGUAUCAACGAUUCCAGUUCUCAAUGCUUAUCAAAUUGACACAAAUACACAAGAUCACAACACCCAGAAUUUUGACAGUAACAUUCGUGAGAUGAUCGUUCCAUUCAUUGCAAACUCCACUCACGUUGUAGGUAUAGAUGUCUACGAAAACGACUUUAUUCAUUAUUGGACAUUUGCUAAUUCUGAAACAGACGAGGGAGUUCCAUAUCAAUGCAUGUUCAUAUCGAUGAGACCUCUUGAGAAGUUCACUCUGACCUACUUGAUCGUUGAAAAACAAGUUAGUUCGUAUCAUGCUGCUGCUGAAGCUUGGCACACAAGUCUAAAUGACAUCUAUGAUAAGCCAGAAGCACAGCCAGGCGCAGCAUUCGUUGCUGACGAUAAUGAUCUAUCACAAUGGGCUGGCAAAGAAACAUUAAUGGCAGACAACUAUAUGGGCAGAAUCCUCUCAAAGGAAUCAUUUACUGGAACAAAGGAUAGUAGAUUCCUUUACUAUAAGAAGGUUACAAUCGGUGAAAGCCUUCCUGGAGCAGAGGCCGAAACAUUUGAUUACGAUGGUAUCAACGUAUAUGCUCUUGAUGCCCAUAGUAUCAUUACAGAUACAACAAAUGCAGCAACAUAUACGAAAUAUCUUCUCAUUGACCCAGUAACCCAAAGUCAAUCUUAUUCAAAAGUUAUGGAGCUCUUUGCAUUUGUUAAGACAGUCCGCGAGAAGUACCCAGGAAAGAGUAUCAUGAUUACAAUGCCAAACAUCCCACCCCAAAUUGUCAAUCUAAUUGAUUAUCAUCUCGAUAGAUUAGAUCUUGAAAUCCCACGUCGUGAGCCAAUUCCAAACCAGUAUUACUUCAUGAAUGCCCAGAAGACAAGACUCUUUGGUAACAGAUACGCACUUGGAUCCAAGAAAUUUGGAAUUUUGGAUGUUGAUCACAGAGUUGAAGGUGAAAUUUUCGCUCAAUGCAUAGUCCUUGGAUGCGUUCCAUCCUUCGCAGUUCCUGCAGAUGAAUAUGAUGUUUACGAUGAUCUUUUUGUUACAGCCAAAUAUGCUCAAACAUAUAAACAAUUGUUCUUCAAUAAGUCAUUCUUAGCAAACGGCUUCCAGCAUCAAAAUGACACACCAAGUUCAUAUUAUGCAUCAUGGUGCGACAGAGAUGGAUCCGGUGUUUGCUAUGGUGCUUAUUUGAUUGGUUUCAAAGAUGUUACUGAAUGCUUCUUCACGCCAGCUGGAACAACAUGCCAGAAACUUGGUGACAACACUAUCAAAUUAAGUUCAAUCAGUCCAUAUAGAACUGUCGUUGUUAAAUAUAAGACUCAAUAUAUGAAAGCAGACCCAACACCAGAGCCUGAAAAGCCAACUCAAGAGCCAGUUGUCCCAGUACCAGAAAAUCCAAACGGAGCUCAGGUUGGAGCUAAUCAAGGUUUCAGAAUCAUCAUUGAUAAGAGGUGGGUCCUCAUUGUUGUUGCAUCAGUCUUAGUCAUGUUGUUCCUUGGUGUAAUCUUAGCCCUCGUUAUUUGGUUGAUUCUUCCGAAGAAGGAAGAAUCCGAUCAAGAAGAUGCUCAAGUUCCUUACGUCGACGAUUGGCCAGCUAUUGAAGAUUCUGGUGAAUCAGUCAGUAUCGAAACCGGUGAUAUUCAAGCUGAAGAUGAAUUCUUCCUUGGAACUAAGAAUAAUCCAGAAGAGAGGCAGGAGAAGCAACACCAAUUCUUUGGAAUGGAAGUUGAGCCAAAACCUGAUGAUUUUGCAAUUGAUGGAGCAACAUUUGAAUAA